CUCUCGUUCCUUAAUAUGAUCAUAACAUUCAUAAAUUUUAUUUUAUGAUAUAUUCAAUUCGUUAUUAUAAACUACUACUAUAAACGAAAUUAUGUUUAUAUUGAUAUUUUUAUAUAUAUAUUUUUUUUUACGAAUAAAUAAAAUUUAGAGAAAAAUAAUAUCGACAUUCUCCGAUCCGGUUACACUAAUAAUCAUGAUUCAUGAAGAAUUUAAAGGGGAUAGGAAUUCCCUUCAUUCAUGUCUUCUAGUUAAUAAGACUUGGUGUGAAAUUAUCGUUCCAAUUUUAUGGAAAAAUCCUUGGAAAUAUUUAGAAGAAGAUAAGAAAGAGAAAUCACAACUUAAUAUUCUUAAAACUCGAUGGGUUCCAUUUAAUAUUUUAGCGAAUUUAAUUGAAAAUACAAAAGGUUACCUUAUUGAAAUUAGCCUUUAUGAUAAAUAUUAUGAAGAAGAAUUAAAUUGGGGUAAAUUAUUUGAAAUUUUAACAGAUUCAUCACCUAAUAGUUUAUAUUGA